UUGGCUACUACACAAGCACACCCUCUUCAGCGGGGCUCACUACAGUAGCGACGGACAGAAAUAGAGAAGGACACUAUGUUCGUUUGGGACGUCCCUCUUCUCUCUAACUGACAAUGCCGGGAACUAUUAAAGAUUUUUCAGUGAGCUACGACGCCGUAAACGAAGACAACACUUUCACAUGUGGGGAUUAUGUUAAAGGACGCGUGGUACUGCAGCUUGGAAAGGAAGCCAAGAUAGAAUAUCUUUUCAUUAAAGUCAAGGGAGAUGCAGACGUCCGCUGGACCGAGCGUCAUGGCGAUGACGACCGAACAUAUUCAGCUCACGAGAAAUACUUCAAAUUAAAACAGGUGUUAAUAUCAGAGGAAACUGAGAAUACUACGGUGAUCCCUGGGACGCAUGAGUAUCCAUUCUGCCUCCAGAUUCCUGAAGGGAACUUCCCAUCAGCCUUUGAGGGGCACCAUGGCAACAUUAGAUACAAACUGGAGGCAAAGAUGAAGCGAUCUUGGAAAAUGAAAAAGAAAGCGUCAGCCAAAAUAAACUUUGCAACCAGGUUGGGUGGAGACACGGCUCAGCUAAAGUCGCCCCAGUUUGGAGAAAGAGACAAGAAGAUGAAUUUAUUCUCCUCUGGUAGCCUUUCUUUUAAAGUUCACAUUGAAAAGACAGGAUACAGACCAGGAGAAAUGCUUAUCGUUCAAGCAGAGAUUGAAAACGCAUCUUCCCGUAAUCUCAAACCUAAGUACAGACUCGACAAGAAAGUCACAUACAUUGCACAUUCAUCCACAAAAAUAGAACGAAGCACCAUUUUAAAAGAGGAGGGGGCUCCGAUCCCAUCUAAAGAUCAUCAAACUGUGACCCAGGAAUUGAUGAUCCCCAACGCUAUUCCCCCAACAGUUUUGUUCUGCAAGAUCAUCAGAGUAGAAUACAAAUUAAAGGUCUACAUUGAUGUGCCAUAUGGUUCAGACCCAGAGAUCAAAUUCCCCAUGGUCAUUCUGCCGACAUGCAGACAUGGUCCUAGGGUGUCAGGGGCGCCAUCGCCCUUUGGCCACGGCAGCCACUCCCAGUGGAACAACCAGCCUCCACCACCAGGUGCCUUGGGACCGCCUCGUUAUUUGUACCCACCAGACCAAGGGCUUCAUCCUCCAGCAGUGCACCCAAUAACAACCAACCCAGCGGUGCAUCCGCCUCCAUUCUACAAUCAAGCAGCAUAUCCGGUACCAGCUGUGCAUCCGCCUCCAUUCUACAAUCAAGCAGCAUAUCCAGUACCAGCUGUUCCUCCACCAAUGCAACCAAAUCCACACAACCAACUGCCCCCCCCACAGUAUGACCAGGUGACACAUCCCGUGCCAACUGCUCCGCCCUUGUACCCUACGCUACCUGCACCUGAUUUUCUUUCAUCUCCCACUGCACCACCGUACGUUCCCGGAACAGCUAGCCAUGAUUUUCUGUCAACCCUAAGUGCCCCUCCGCAAUACCCUUCUGCACCUUCAUUCUUGUCAUCCCCCAGUGCGCCACAGUCUUUGACGUCUGACAACCCCGGGUAUGAUCCCCCUUCCUACGAUAUGGUGUUCCCCAGUGUACCGGCACCAGAGGGCCCUCCAACCUCAGUUGCCUCGGAUCCCACACCAACUAAACCUCCGUCCUAACUAACCACGGCCUAUUUCUUAAGUGCCUAAGUCACACACAGGAGUGGUCAGUGUGAUGACAUCAAUAUAUUCAUUCAAUCAAUCCAUCACAAAUAAACACAUUUCAUACAAAAACAAAUUGUUUGUACUGUUGCAAACAAAUAUGUCAUCUGUCAUUUCAAUGGAGUUACAGAACAUGUUCAAUGUAAAGCAAUCCGGCAAAAGGAAAUAGUAGUUAACACAUGGGUUACUAACCCUGAUACAUAAUGAACAUUAGCCUAGCUUUAAUUGUAUAUUAAAGCCCUAGAGACCUUUCAUAUUCAUGUUCUCUAUUAGCUCUGUUGCACUGGAAUUAAUGGUGGUCCCUAGUAACUUUCAUAUGAGACUGCCCCUUCCCUUGCCUAUGAAGAUAGAAGGGUGUGUUUUAUAUCAACCACAAGCUGCAUGUUAUUUAGAAUUAAUUUAAUUGUCUAUGACUUGCAUCAACAAACAUAUUAGUACAUUGUGUAUACUUUAUGUAAAUCAAAGGUGCAAUCGUUGCUGCCCAACUUAACAAAGUAACCCUCUAAUAUUAUUUUUUAGUAGUACAUUUAAAGGAACUAGGCUACACUGAGAGCGCAGACCUCUUCCAAGGCCAAAUUAACUAUUUUGCAAUGUUCACGAAAGUGAAUCUUUGAUCUGGCCCAAAACUUACCUCUGCAAGCAGUUUCAUAAAUGUAGUGGACUACAUACGCGCAUGUAAAUUUGCCGCUCGGUACACUGUUGCCAGGGUUUUGUCUGCAAAAUAAAAAUAUAUUAACAGUAAUGUGGUGAUAUUUAUUGGUAGCCCUUGACGUGUAUUUAUUGUAGUACGUUUAACCUCUGAUAUUCCUCUGCUGUUCUGACAACUGUGCUUGUUGCAAAGAUGUCAUAGAGACUGAACAUAAGUCAAUAGAUAAAUGAUAGUUAAAUCUGUUCACAAAUAAAACCAACAAGGUCAAACUUCACAAGACAACUUCAUUACUGUGCAGCAUUCUCUGUUUUAAAAUGAGUCUCAUGCUCUCCUAAAUACUUUUAGGGUGUAGAGGCCGAAUAAUUCAUCGCAACUUUGGUCAAACUGUUCCGGGUCACAGCCAUGUGUAGGCCUAGUAGAAAAUUAAAUGUUACAAUCUAAACGGUAAAAUAGUUGUCAUAUUUGUAAUCUUAAAUAAAAUAACUAUCGUUCAAGGAAAA